GAGGUCAAUCAGCCGUGACCUUGUAGCCGGCUACGAGGUGGAUAGAUCGAGUGGCGGGGUAUUCUGCAACUGUGCCGGGAAAUGAAGCAACCAGAACUUGUCUAGUAGUAGUACAUGGCAGGAAAGCAUCUGAAAAAGACAUCCAAUGAAUGGUCGUCUAAAAACAUCAAGGAGAAGUGACGGUGAAGGUUGCGUACUGUGAGACCGGUACGGCCGAUAUGGUGUGCCCAUCAGGAUCCCGUUGCGGAUGGUGGCGUUGGGUCGUCACAUUCGCGUGUUUCGGUCAGUUUUUCUUCACUCUUGGACUCCUGUUCAACUUCAGCAUACUGUUUGUGAGCCUGCAGGAGGAUUUCCAUUCCAGCUCGGCAUUGACAGGUUGGCUAGGGUCUUUGUCACUUGCACUGGCUGGCCUUGCUAGUCCUCUCUGCUCUCUUCUUACACACAAGCUGAGUGGUCGAAUCGUCACAAUCUUGGGGGUCAUUGCCCUCUGCGCAGGACUGUUGACGACGUCAUUCGUUCCCGUGCCAACGCUGGGAUACGCCUUCUUCACGUAUUCGGUCUUGACGGGCGUGGGCGCCAACCUGACCACGAAUGCCUCCUUUGCCCUGCUGCUGGACUGGUUUGCCAAGGCGAACUUCUCGCGGGCGAGUGCCCUCGCUCUAUUGGGAUCCUCAUGCGGUAUGCUUGCCUUUAGCCCUUUGUUGACAGCCUUAAUAACUCACUACGGAUGGCGUAAUGCGCUGAGAAUUCUCAGCGGUGGAAUACUCGUGAUCGGGAUAGCUGACGGUCUGCUGCUGGCUGACCCACCAUCAACCGAGGACUACGCUAAGGCGCCUGAUGAGUCUCCUGGUGAUGAGAAACAUGAAUUGGAGAGCAUGGUCCCAGGGAAGCAGGUUCAUGAUGACGGCUGCAUUGAAACUGACGAUGAUGCAAGAGAAAUUGACGACAGAACUACCAAUGACGAGGAAGCAAACAUUUCAAAUCAAGGAUCUCCCGAACUUGGAGAAGAGAGACAUUUUCGUGGAAGGCUAAUUAGUGCUUUAACGAACCCUGAGGCUUGGGCGUGGUACUUGGCUACAGUUUUCUCUUUUUUGGGCUGGACUUUCUUCAAUAUUAAUUACGCUAGUUUCAUGGACGGACUUGGUCUGGACAGCAACAGCAUUGCCUCUGUCAUCAUGUACUUUGCUUUGGCGGAACUUGGCGGGAAGGUCCUGAUAGCCGUGAUUGGAGAUCAUCUGCCUUUCUUGGCUCUGUAUCUGUUGAUGGCCUCAUGUCUCUUUGGAACCAUCGUUCUGGGGUUUCUGACCAUUGCGAAGACGUUUGAUGUGAUCGUGCUUCUUACAGUGGUUUCUGGGGUUCUACGGUCAGGCUAUACAGCACAAUUUACAGCUGCAGCAGAACUUUUCCACGAGCAGUAUGGCACUAACGGUGUCAUGGUUAUGACGUUAGUUCCCACCGGAAUCGGAGUACUGAUCAGUGCACCAUUAGCAGGUGUACUGUAUGAUGUCACGGGUGACUACGUUCUUAGUCUACUCAUCAUUGCCGGCCUCUUCGUUUGCGCUUCAGCCGCCUAUAUAUUUAUUCCAGUAAGGAGGAGAAUUAAUCAGGCCGUGCAUGUUAGUGUAAACACGCCCACCCUCUAGACAAACUCAUAAAGCUUGUAUUCCUACUUGUUUCAAACACAGACGAAUCCGUGCACUUGAUCGCUGUGCACUCCCGAGGCCCCCUUCAAUGGAGAAACUAUUGUGCACCCUAAUGUACAAAGCAACUUCCCCUCGACGGAUGAACAAUAGCUAUAGCAUAGUGCUUUUGCCAUUGAAGGGGGUCCCACGGUGAUAAAAGCGAUAGCAUUAUUGGUUUACGAUAAUGACUAGACAUAUCGGCACGACACUGAAAUAAGGCAGUGUGUUUGAAUUCGUCAUUUAUGGUUGCAGACCAGUAAAUAAACUUCCAUAGACCCCAAUGGUAAAUGCUCCCACUUCAGAAAUUCGGGAAAAAUACUCACAACUCUCCAAGGUGUUCGAAACACACAUCAAAUUAAAGCUUAUUUCAUCAUCUUUCAUUUGUUUUUCAAUUUUCGGGGGGUCAACUGAUGACUUUUAGGAGAAAUUUCUAUCCGAAGAUGAUCACACCUGAAAAUAGUCCUGAAGCCCAUCGCCAUUUUGAAAAACGAUGCGUACACUCCAUUGCAAAAUACAGUGCUUUAAGGGCCCCAAUUUCAUCCAAAUUGAAUAAAACUACAAGCUCAGAGUCCUGUGCAUGGCUUCCACCCAUAUUUUUUUUUACAAACCCUCAAGUUCAUGGCCCACAGCAUGUUCAAAUACUGAAGAUUUUGAGGGCAUGCAAAUCGUGAUUUGGCCGGCGUAGGCAAUAACGGACCGAUUUACUGGUCUGCAACCUUAAGCGAACAUGCCAUGGGCCCCCA